AUUUUUGAGGCAUUACUGUCUAUUUUAUUGCACAAUUAAUCUUCUUCCCGUUUAGACCUGAGGGAAUUGUCAGAAGGCUUGGCUAUAAAAGCCACCAAGGUUCUUGGGGGAUCCAUGCCUCAUCCACCAGGGAACUGCAAAGAUGAAAGUGUUGGCCUUCGUCCUCCUCUGCCUCUUCAUUGCUGUCAGUGAAGCCAAAGUGUAUGAGAAAUGCGAACUGGCAAAGAUCCUGAAAAUCUCUAAGAUGGAUGUCUCAUCUGGCUACAGCCUUGACAAUUGGGUCUGCUUGGCUUACCAUGAGAGCAGAUUCGACAGUAAGGCCGUGGGGCCACCCAACUGGGAUGGAAGUCGUGACUAUGGGAUUUUUCAGAUAAACAGCCGCUGGUGGUGCUCCAACGGAGAGGGCACAACUGCCAAUGGCUGCAAAACCUCCUGCAGUGCUUUCACAACUGAUGACAUCACAGAUGAUAUUACCUGUGCUAAGAGGAUUGUUCGUGAUCCCAACGGAAUACGUGCCUGGGUUGCUUGGGUGAACCACUGCGAAGGAAGAGACCUCUCCAGCUGGACUAAAGACUGCAGUCUCUGAAGUUUAUGAUACUCAAUGAUAUUCAGCAUUUCUCUUGAUUUUUCUUUUGAGGAAAGCAAUUCCUCUCCCUGUACAAUCAGCUUUCAGCUAAUUCUUUCUAUGCAGGUGGCUUCCCGCACAAUAGAGGAAUUGCCUUUCUCUGCUUAUGUUUUGAGGACAGAUCAGAUAUUAAACAUGUGGAGGCAGGUAGUUAUCUUGGUUGACAACUUCAGUCUUUCCACCCAAAAUUCUUCAAUAAACUGAACUCAUAUCAAUUA